GACUCCACCACUGUCACCCAAGGAACCCAGACUGUGUUGAAUUACCCAGUGACUGCACAGUACACCCACACCCUGACUGUGACUGGGAGACUGCCUGGACUCUACAACUGUACUGUGGCUAAUAACAAGCCAUCCAACACUUCAGUGAUGAGAGCGUUUACACUGGAAGCUCCCACGAAUGCUCCAGAGAUGUUCAAGGCAGUUGCUGGAGAGAGACGUGGUGUUCUCCUGGUCUCCACAUGUGACUCAUCUCCAUAGAGCCAUUGAUAACUACACCCUCUCCUGCUCCCCCUCCCCCUCC